UUAAUUUCAGGCCAGUGUCGACUGCUACGAUCAGCUCACAUCGCUGAAAGUGUGUUUCAGAUGCGCGUGGGGCAUUUUAACCUUUCGUUAACGUACUACACUAGUUGAAAAGCUUAAACUAGACCCUUUAAUGAACUCGCAGUCACCAUGAAGUACGCCAGUCUACUAUUUACCCGACUAUUCGUUAAAAAUGCACCGGGCGCCCGGCGCUUAACUACGUUAUCGGACGAGCUCCGAUCAAAGUUUUCGGCUUUCAAGGGCGGAACCGUUGAGCUAACGAAAGAUGACCGCACGGGCAUCGCCGAAGUUCACUUCAGCAAUCCUACCAAGAGAAACUCGUUUUCUGGACACAUGAUGAUAGAGCUGCACGAUGUGGUCCGUGAGCUGCAUUCCUGGAAGGAAGGCAAGGGUCUCUUGUUCUAUGGUGGUGAUGGCAUCUUCUGCUCUGGCGGUGAUCUCGACAUGAUGAAGGCACUGAAUACACCCGAGCUGGGUGCCCAGAUGGCAAGCAUCAUGCAUUCGGCCCUGAUGGGUCUCCGGGACCUCCCCCUCAUCAGUGUGGCUCUGAUCCAGGGCAGGGCCUUAGGCGGCGGAGCCGAGCUGACCACAGCCUGCGACUUUCGAGUCAUGGUACCCGGGGCUGAAAUUCAGUUUGUGCAGGUCCGCAUGGGCCUCGUCCCUGGAUGGGGAGGCACCACACGGUUGGUGAGGCUCCUGGGGGCUCACGAGGCACUCGAACUGCUUGCAUCUGGCCGUAAGGUCGGCGCCGAGGAAGCUCUCGAGAUUGGGCUCGUGGAUUACGUUCUCCAGAAUUACGAGAGUCCUCUGGCCGAAGCCAGGAACUGGCUCGGGCAGUACAUUGCUGGCGACGCUCACGUCAUACGGACUCUGAAAGAAACCAUCGUGAAGGCGAGAGAGCUCUCAACGGUCGACAGCCUGCGGGAAGAGUUGAGACUCUUUUCCACCGUUUGGAGUGGACCGGCCAAUCGGGAAGCUCUGAAGAGAAAGAUUAGGCACUAACAUGUGCUUCACAUCUCACUUCUACUGAGCUUUCUCUUAAAUAAUUUUGCAGUAAAAGAAAAGCAUAUUUGAUUAAGGCAAAUACUGGCUGGGUUUGCCCUGAACCCUAGACGCAGGUCUUCUGUACUAAUCGACGCUGCAAUCUUACUGGUAAUAGUUUUUUUUUUUCUUCUUAUAUUCUCUAGACGUGUAAAUUUUACAUUCAGAAGUAUUCUAAUGGAGCAUAAAUGAGUUGCUUACUUUGGGGACCACCUCUCUUUUUGGUGGAAUAGGCCAUAGAAUUUCUUGUAAAUACGCUAAAAUAAACUCUGGCCCUAUGGUCUGUUGGUGCUGUGAUGCGCGGUUUUUCAGCCAUCAUGGGAAUGAUAGAUAGUACACAAAUGUGCCUAGUCUUCAUUAUUCUGGCGCCGUUUGGCUCCAUGUGGCUUGAAUCUGCUUUGCCGCAAUACGAAGUUCAGCGAAGGUUUAGCAGUAGCGCUUCACUACCUUAACCUUGGCUCACAUAUUCAAGUGAGCUCACGAAGUUCACAGCAGUUUCAUUCUUUUUUUUAAAAACAGAACCAAAACACUAUAAUAAACAAAACCAUAAAUGGGUUCAAAGCCUACAAGCAGGAGGGCUAGGCAAAUUUAUUCACAACCCAUCAUUCUAUGGUGGCUGAACGAUCCUUGCGCCAGAGUCUCCUCUUGUUAACUUUAGAAAGCUGUAUGGAAUGAGCUUUGUGAAAUAAGAACAAAUUACUGAAAAUUGGUAUGUACAUGUGCUGUUUGUCACCUCUACCAGGUUUAUUGAAUCUGUGACGUGUUGCACAAUGUGGUUUCAACACUUGAACGAGUCUGUCUGAUAAGCUGACUUAAUGGGCAGUACGUCUAGAACGCACAGAUAUGAGCACACCUAAUAAAAUGACUGGCACAGAGAUAUGAAUUAGGAUUUAAACUUGCCUACUCCUUGGACGAUGGCGACAGACCUUGCAUAGGGUGGAUGCGUCUCCUGAGUUACAGUUGGUCGAGUCAUAGAACAUACUAAACGGUUCCCGGUUGGAAUUUGUUUUGGAGACACAUCUCAGGUAUUUAUUCUCGGUGACGACAAUGAUGGAAAAAGGCAAUGCAGACCAUGUGCCUUAAAACAUAAAUUUAUGAGGUUUCAUGUGACAAAACUACUGAUACGUGCACCUACAUUACAUGGGCCUCUAGCAGUGUGCCUCAAUUGAAAGGCAACUGCCAGCGCUAGGGAUCGAUCCUAUGUCUUUCAAUUCAGCAGCUUCUUUUAAGCCAUUCCUUUUUUUUCUGUUUUUACCUUUCUAUUCCCCCUUGCCACUUUACCAGUAGGGUAGCAAGCAAGAAGGUUUCUUGUGGUUAACCUUUCUGCCUUUCUCUUACCCAUCCACUCUAUCUCUGAGCUCUGUAACCACUGUACCACUGCUGUUGCACGACCACGUACCCUAGCCAUUUUCUAACUCCAAGCAUGGCAUUUACAGCAGCAAUAGCUGCAAGUGAACUUGAAUUCAAGUGAGUUUUUCCUUUCCGUAUUGAAACACCAAAUAAUCAAGUGAUGUUGCGGGGACAUUUUCGGAAACAAAACGAUGAAGAAGACUACACAAUAGACUAUGGGGUUAGAUGGUUGAAGAGAUCAACGUUGGGCCACGGCUGCUUGAUGGAAAUACAAAAGAUAGUUAAGCUAACAAAAACUAAAGAGAUACUUCAGGUUAAGCCAAUGUUUCAUUGAUAAACUUAGUCCCUUUGAGCAAAAUGUUGCCUCAAUGCUGAAGCAUAUCUCGUUUGCUCAUUGUUGAUUAAAAAUACUGUAUAGGUACUCAAAUACUAUAUAUGCAACUAAGAUUGUAACAUGAGAAGUGACUUUUCAUUGCAUCCAGGAAGAAAAGGUGUUAAUUCAAUAUUCAGUUGUAGUGUGAGGGUCGCCUUCAGGUAAAAUUCUGUAAAAUAACUCUCCUUGUACGUUCGAGUAAGUACGGUAAGUCGUUGCAGUGACUCAUAAGUCUGCAGAUGUGAACGUGUCAGUCGUAUGCUAUUUUUGCACAUAAUAUUUUUUAAAGAAAGAUGUUCCAUGUUGCAGAUGAAUGUUUAUGUUGAGCAUGUAUGUUGACGACAAUCCAUAGUCAAAAACAGAGCAAUACAAACAUGGACAACUUCCUCGAUUGAUUGAUAGAUAUGUGGGGUUUAACGUCCCAAAACCACCAUAUGAUUAUGAGAGACGCUGUAGUGGAGGGCUCCGGAAAUUUUGACCACCUGGGGUUCUUUAACGUGCGCCCGAAUCUGAGCACACGGGCCUACACUAUUUCUGCCUCCAUCGGGAAUGGGACAACUUUCUCGUAUGAGUUUGGUGAGCACGCGUACCUCGACAUAACUUGUGUUAAUUUCCUUUGUCUUUUGGCGGUAGCACCAUGAAUAAGGCAUUCUGAGGGGCCCCAUGGGAACUGCUCAGCAAAAAAACAGCCUUAGCUGGGUCCAAAUUUAUUGUGCUGUUUUAAGAUAUGAAUAAGUAACGAACCACUCGUGUUCAUUGAUGAAAAUCUUGGAAGAUGCUGCAAAUGGCAAUAAAAUCCAUGAUGAAAUGUU